CGGGUUUAGUGCAAGCCAGUAGUAAAAUAGACACUGCCUUGAAGUGGUAGAUCAGUCUGAUGGUUGUGGUGAUAAAUUUUCUGUACUGAUUGUUUCUGAUGCAUUUGAUGGUAAACCGUUACUACAACGUCACAGAUUGGUAAAUGCAGUUUUGGAAGAAGAACUCAAAACGAUCCAUGCAUUUUCUCAAAAAACAUUAACACCAGAACAGUGGAAUAAGCAAAGAAACUGAUCUAUUUUGCUAUACAUAAAAAUAAAUCAUUAAUGUCAACUGAUUAUACUAAACUAUAAAAGCGGUUGUAUACACAAAACUAAAGGAACAUAAAAUGAUUCAAUUUAAAGUUUCUGCACCAGGAAAAGUUAUUCUUUAUGGAGAACAUGCGGUAGUAUAUGGAAAAACUGCUGUUGCAGCUAGUUUAGGUUUACGUACAACUGUAGAUUUUACCGAAUUGCCAGAAACAGAACAAGUUAUUAAAUUAUGUUUUCCUAAAGUGAAUUUAUUUGUAAAUGUAUCUCUACAUCAAGUACAGAAUUUCUUUUUUACAAAUAGAAAGUCCGAAGAAAAGUAUGACGUAUAUUACAAUCAAAUAAAAGAGUUUGUUAGUAAUAUUGGUUAUAGCAAUAUACAACAGAAAUUCAGUUUAGAAGUAUUCUUUUAUCUUUUUAUUUAUAUGAUACAGAGGGAUGACAUUAAAAUAAAACCUUUUCAAAUUCACUUAAAUACUGAAUUGUCAAUUAGUUCUGGUCUUGGUAGUUCUGCUUCCUUUGCAGUUACUCUUGCUGCAUGUUUUCUACAUUGGUCACAUUUACAAAAAAGUAUUUGCAAGACCUUCGAUAUGUCUGAUUUAGAAAUUAUUUCAAAAUAUGCUUUAAGUUGCGAAAGAAUUAUGCAUGGCACUCCAUCUGGAAUAGAUAAUUCUAUUUGUACAUAUGGAUCAAUAAUAGAGUUUAAAAAGGGCGAUUAUAUAAAACCAAUAGCCAAUACACAAACUAUGAAAAUUUUACUAGUCGAUACAAGAGUUAGUAGAAGUACAAAGGCAUUAAUAGAAAAAUUAGCAGAACUGAAGCACAAAUAUCCUGCUAUUAUCGAUUUAAUUAUGGAUUCAAUUGAUAAUAUAUCAAAAGAGGCAAUUAAUGUUAUCCAAAAAAUUAACAAUCUUUCAAGUACUGAUACUGAAUCUCUUUUCGAAGGGUUUAGACAAUUAAUGACACUUAUUAAUAUGAAUCAAGGAUUGUUAGCCACGUGUCAGGUUUCACACCCGUCCUUAGAUAGGAUUUGUGCAGAAGCACAAAAUUAUGCUUUAGCAGCCAAGCUUACAGGUGCUGGUGGUGGUGGAUAUGCAUAUAUAUUAUUAUUACCAGAUACCCAACCAGAAACAAUUUCAAGCAUUUCACGAAAAUUAAUAGCAGACGGAUUUACUGUUACAUUAACAACUUUAGGAGGUGUUGGCGUACAAAUUCAUUAGUAAUAUAUUAUAAAAUUACGUGUAUGGUAUAAAUAAAUUUACUUGUCUAUAUUUUUCGAUAUAAUUAACAUUUUUCAUAAACUUAUAAGGAUAGUAUAAUCUAAAAAUAUUUGUUAUAUAAUUUGUAUGGAUAUGCAAGUUUUACUAUUAUACCAAUAUAAAUAAAUGCUAAUGAUUACAUACA